AUGACCAGUGCCCUUCAGCCAACAUUGGUCAGUGAGUGGACGGGGUGGACUAGCACAGAGUUACAGGCCUAUACAACAACAUACUUACCAUAUGGCUGUGAUCCGGAGGACACUGCCGAACUAACAUCAUGCUACACAACAUUCAUUGCGGACCGCCCUUACAAGGUGAAGCAUACCAACAUACCCUCCGGCAUUUCGCCGAGGUCGACCACAACGGUAACCAACCGUGACUGGGACGUUGAAAUGGUAACCAUCAUCCUGCCCGCCGACUCCAUUCCCCGUUCAGAGCUCGAAAGCUGGUCCCGGUUCCAUAUCAUGUCGACCCGGACCGAAUCGACAACAGACAAUUGGAUAAUUCACCACACUCUCACCGCCCCCGCCAGCUGCCCGACCUCAUUUGAGUAUACCACAUCUACUCCGCUCAGCGACUGGGGCGACUACCUCCCGUCCGAGUUCCUGACCGAAUAUCUGCUCCCCAAAGCCACCAUCCUUCCAGUCAAGUCGCACACAAGUACUUACGACGAAUCCCUCACGAUAACAAAAAUGACCAGGACUAUCCACGUCAAGGCAGCAGAUCUACCCCCAACCCGCUACGGUGGGCCCCCUUUGAACGGAAACUACCCGUUCUACAGGUUGGAUCUCGACAUGCUCAACACAUCCUACGUCCAACACUGCUAUCUCCCUGGCGAGCCGCGACCGCCGACCCAAGCCGAGCUCUGCCCUUACACCUACGCGGGGAAAUGCAGCAGGCUCGAGCCGUGGAUGAUUAUGGUCGCGGCUGUCAUUCUGUCUAUCAUUCUUCUUGGAUUUGUCGAAAACUUCUUCUGGUUCAGGCGGCUGAUGCUGGGCAAGACAUGUUUCCGGAUGGGAACCGUGUGCUGGGCUUCGAUCUUCAUUUUCGUGGUCGGUUUCACGAUGAUAGAGAAAAGGAGGAGCCCUGAAGACCGGGCCGAGUUCACGCAGCAGUGGAAGACGAUGCAACUGAAGACGAAGAUUAAGUUGUGGUGUCAGUUUGGAUUGAGGCAUCGGUAUCCGGUGGCUUGGUUGGGGGAGAGGAAGGCGGUUCGUCACGAGGAGAGGAUUGAGAUGCGGAGGGGCGGUGGUACUGGCGGCAGUGAUGGAGGUCCUGCGGGAGGUCAGAGGGAGGAGGACGAUACGCCUCUGCUGGCUUACCCCGGUCCUCUUUCUUCGGUGACUAGCGGGACUACUGCUGCUUCUUCGGGGCCGGUGUUGGGUAAUCCCAAUGCAGUCCUCGCCUCAACGGGGUCCGGGGCAGCCGUCGUUGGGCCGACGUUGCCACCUGUUCAGCCUCAGUCACCUUCGUCUCCUCAGCAACCUGACGCGAGUCUGGGGUCAGCAUGUGAUGGGUUCCGAGCUGUUUAA